AUGUCGAAUUUACCUUUUCGACCAAUAUUAACGGACGAGGAGACGAGAGACCUUGAAACCGUUGAAGUGUAUGCUGCUGAUAUUGAACCCAAAGAGGCAGAACGUGUGCUAAAGUUCAUCAAGAAAAAUUUACCAUCAUCAUUCACGAGUUUAAAUCAUGUUAAACGGGUCAGAAAGAUUUACAAUGAUGAAAAAGAAAAAGGAAAAGGAUUCACCCUCACAAUUCUUUUUUGUCUUACCACUUUGAUCUCGUUUGUUGAUCUUCAAAUUCUGAUCACUUCCAACGGAUUCGAUAAAAUAAUAUCACGAUUACGCGUCGAAAAAGUUCCAAAGCAUGCUCCAAUUACGCGAGCACAAUUUGAUGCGUGGAAAUCAUUGUGGCCAUUGAAUUUUCAUGAACAUCCUAAUAAUGCUAGGAAAUUCACAGUACAAGAUAUCGAUAUACUCGCUUCUCACAUGAAUAGAGUGAUAGAACUCGCGCAAUUAGCAAAAUCAAAAGGGGAGAACCUUGAUCCUUUUCUGUUUCCGUUAUCCUACUUCUGGAUUGAUCCAGUACAGAUACCAAUUGGAUGUGCGAUCAUAGACCCAUGUACAAAUACUAUUCUUGCGGAAAGUCAUGAUACUCGUGCAUCAACACGUCAUCCGCUUUGUCAUUCUGUGUUAAAUUGUAUUAAUGUCGUGGCAAAUUUAGAAAUAUCUUCGAGACAAUUUAAAAAUAUGAGUAAUGAGCAAAUGGCGGCCGACGAUAUUUCUCGCCCUCAGAAACGAAAGGCUAAAGAAAUUGAUGAUGAUGAAGGGAAUGAAAGCAACUUACAUCAACCAAAAAAACAUACAAUAAUUAUUGAUAAAGAGGAAAAAGGCGAAGACGAGGAUGAUGAUGAAACAUCUUCCCUAGAAUCAAAUAUUGAGAUCAUCUUAACAUCGCCUUCUUUCUCAUCCAAAACUCAAAAUACAACGAGACAACAGAGUAAAGAUGCAUAUCUUUGUAAAAAUUAUGAUUUAUUUGUGACUCAUGAACCUUGCGUAAUGUGCUCGAUGGCACUUGUUCAUUCACGUAUUGGUCGAGUAUUUUAUGCGAGAGCAACUCCAAAUUCUGGUGGUCUUGGCUCCAUAUACAAGAUACAUGCUCAUUCUUCACUCAAUCAUCAUUUUCGAGUGUUCAUAUGGGAUAGUAUAUCAGAUGAUCGAAUAGCAUAUGAUCGAAUAGAAUCACUCGAUCAAGUAGACACCUAG